ACCCGUGCAAAAAGCGAGCGGCGCAGCCAGAGAGCGGGGGAAACAGGAGAAGCAAACUCAAACGGGCGUCCCAAGAGCUGAGCCUCAGCGCCCAAGCUGCCAGCUGCUGCUCCAGACCCCGGGUGGGUGGGGCAGUGAUCGCUCCGCUCCCAGCUGCUGCAGCCACAGCAGUUACAGCAGCUGCAGCGGCGGCAGCGGCGGAGGCGGCUACGGCGGCGGCGGCAGCGGCAGCAACAGCAGCAACAGCAGCAGCAAAAGCUGCAACCACUCCCCAAGUGCCACCCCGAACCCAGGCCGCCCUCCCGCCUUCCUCCCUCCCUCCCUCCCGGGCUCUCCAAAUGGCCUGGCGCCGCGCUCCGGCCGGGCUGCUGCUGAUGCCGCGGCUGCUUCUGCUGCUAGUGCCGGGGAGAGCGAGCGGCAGCCACGCUCCCGGAGUGGUCGGAUUGCCCCCGGCUGCCUACGACUUCUUGUUCAGUGGGGCUCCGUCCUCCUUCUCCUCCGCCUCGGCCUCCUCCAGCUCGGCGGCAGCGGGCAGUGAGCGCCUAGGGGACUUAUCUGCAGCCCUGGGCGCCAGCGCUCGGGACAUGGUAGCUGUCCACAUGCUUAAGCUCUAUGAGAAAUACAACCGCGAGGGCAGCCGGCCGGGAGACGGCAACACCGUCCGCAGUUUCAAACCCAAGCUGGAAAUGAUUAAUCAGAAAGCCUUGUAUCAUUUCAAUUUGACAUCGAUGCAAGAUUCAGAAAUGGUUCUUUCAGCCACAUUCCACUUCUACUCAGAUCGGCGACCUCGUUCCCGAGAACUCAUUUGCAAACGUUCCAAGAACUCUUCCUGCCGCCUUCUGCACCUACAACCACUGCCCCGUUUCCACCUGAUAUUCCGCAGUGUCCCACAGAAUACACCUUUGGGGCUGGUCAAGGGUAACGUGACUAUCUUCCCCCACCAACGGGGUGUUUGGCAAACCAAGGAUAUUUCUCACAUUAUUAAGGAAGCCAAACAGGAUGGGGAACUUCUCCUCUUAGCUGAGGUCGAUUCUGGGGAGAAGGACCAAGUCUUCCAUGGCCCAGGACCAAACAACAUGCCCUACAUCCUUGUCUAUGCUAAUGAUCUAGCGAUCUCUGAGCCUAAUAGCGUGGCAGUUACUCUCCAGAGAUACGACCCCUUCCCAGCCAGUGACACUGACCCAAGCAGCUCCCCCAACGCCUCCACUGACUCUCGGGUGAGGAGGGACAUUUAUGUUCCUGGUUCCAUCCAUGACAAUGAGCUUCCAGAGGUAGAAUACAGUGUUCACCAUCCCCAUCACCUCCACCACACUCAUCACUCUCAACACUAUCAUAAACAUGACCUGUGGGAGAAUGCCUAUAAGGCCCUAAAACCCAAAUCAUCCCGGAAGGACCGAAGGAAAAAGGGACAAGAUCACAAUGAAAUGCUCACAAAAUCUCAGAUGCUGAAUUUUGAUGAGAAAACCAUGAAAAAGGCCCGAAGAAAACAAUGGAACGAGCCAAGAAUUUGCUCACGGAGAUACUUAAAAGUUGACUUUGCUGACAUAGGGUGGAAUGAAUGGAUCAUAUCACCCAAAUCAUUUGAUGCCUAUUACUGUUCUGGGGCUUGUGAGUUCCCAAUGCCCAAGAUUGUGCGACCAUCAAACCACGCCACAAUCCAGAGCAUUGUAAAAGCAGUAGGAAUCAUUCCAGGCAUUCCAGAACCCUGCUGUGUUCCUGAUAAAAUGAACUCUCUCAGUGUACUCUUCUUAGAUGAGAAUAGAAACGUGGUACUAAAGGUGUAUCCGAACAUGUCAGUGGAGACUUGUGCCUGCCGAUAAGUCUCUGCCAUGAACUUCUGUUUAAGAAAAAAAGAGAAGAAGAAAAAAGACAGAAAGGAAGGAAAAGAGAUCCCAUCUGAUCACAAAAGCAAUGCACACUGGGGACUUUGUGUCACGGAAAUGAGUCCAGCUGUAUUUAUAAUUCUGUUUAUGUCAGUAAACACACACACACAGGAAAAACAACCCCAUGAGGUUGUAGAGAGAGCGUUUCAUUCUUUUGGAGAUUUUUUUCUUAAUAACUAAUGACAGCCCCCUGAGUUCAAAAAUUCAGUUAAUUGCACCCAGUCUAUGGGCCUUCCCAAAGGCUUUCUACUCUCUACUUACUCAGAGCUUACAACCAUGAUUACAUUAACUUUUCAUCAUGACACCCUGAGAUUAUUCCUGUGCCUUUUUAUGUUAUCAUCUCAUAAUUUGGAAAGUAAGCUUCACACACUCUAGCCUAUUGAUUCCCUAUAAAAAAAAACAUUUUUGUUUAAAACACUCACCUGCCUUUUAAUAUACAUAUUUAUAUUGAAAAGAAGGCUGUAAUAAAGGGCUUAAAUGUAUAUUUUCUUUGAGAUUCAAAUGUAGCGCACUGUAUAAGCUUUUAUACAUAUCUAUAUAUACAGUAUGUUAAUAUAACCUAUUUUUGGUUGCUUCCUCCUAAUAUAUAUUUUAUUUUGCAAAAGAAGGGAGUACUCCAAUGUACCCCGCAGAUGUGCGAGUUGCUGAGACACACAUAUUCUUGAAAUAACACACAUAGUAAUAUGUUUAAAUACUAAAACAAAAUAACCAAGAUUUUAUAUUUUUGUAAAUUAUACUUUCUAUACUAUAGAACGUUAUAAGUGCUUUUACUGAAAGCUAAUAAAUUAAAGUACAGUUGUAUCUUU